AUGACCAACCAUUCCGGCACCCGGCUACGGGCACAUUAUCUCGGGCCGCUGCUCGAACCCAGCAGCGAGCACAGCAAUUGGCUCCCCGCCUCGUUCCACAGAUGGGCGGGCGCCACACUAGACGGGAACCUGCUCGUUCCCCUCGCCUCAUUCGUCCUCCGCGCCAACGAUUUUCUCCGGCAAGAGGGGCUCGCCCACUACUGGCUCACCAUUCGCGCCACCCAAGCCACUCCCGAGUACGACUGUCCGCGGUGGCACUGCGACGAGUACUUCUUCCAUGAGGCUGAACGCCCGGACAAGGGUCCGAACUGGUGGGCAAACCACCUCCCCCAUGCUAGUAGGAAAGAGAGGAGGAACAGGGCCGUCGUCCCAACCGCCAACGGACUGGAAACUGUGCGGCGUGCUCGCCGGCCCCCACGCUCUUCAUCCCCCAACCAACAAUCCAAAGCCCGUCAAAUCCGCGACCGCGUGCGGGCCUCCUGUGCCAAGGAGCACAUUUGCGCGUCGGUCCGCUGCGUCGGGUGCGCCACCGCCGCCGAAGAAGUCCGGAAACGCCUCGGCGAGGAGUACGCCGGCCUCGGCACCGUGCAGGCGGCCAAGGGCCAGAUCGCUUGCUUCCGCGUCGGCACCGCCCGCGGCGCCGUGCACUCCGAGCCCAAGAUGGACGGCGACCGCAUCUUUGUCAACGUCGUGCCGGGGACCGAGGACGAGCUGAGGGCUCUCUCGUCGCGCCACGCGGAUCCCCUCCAGCAGCCCUUUCGCCAAUUCCACGCCUGGGCCGAAACCUACGGCGACAUCCUCGGCCUCAAAGUCGGGCCCCUCAACGUGGUCGUCCUGCGCAACCCCGUCCACGUGCGCGAGGUGCUCGAGAAGCGCGGUGCCUCUUACGCGGGCCGACCCUACAGCUACAUACCCGCGGAGCACGUCUUUGCCGAGCACGCCGACAAGCACAUCCUCAACCUCCAGCACGACGCGUUCCUGCGCCGCUGGCGUACCGCCGCGAAUCACCUCCUCGCCCCCGCCGGCGUGAGGCAGUGCCUGCCCAUCCUCGACGCCACCGCCGCGACGCUCGCGCACAGCCUACUCGACGUCGACGCCGAGGUCAUCGACCCCCUGUCGCACGUCCGGCACUGGGCGCUGGCGACGCCCCUGCUCGCCAUCACGGGCCAGCGCCUCGAGGACCGCGGCCCGGGCUUCGCCGCCCGGUUCUUCGACGCGCAGCACAAGUGGCUCGAGCUGCUGGAGCCCGGCAACGCGCCGCCCACCAAGGCGCGCGAGGUGCGCGAGUACAUGCUCGACGAGUACUUUGGCUACUUGCAGACGGCCAAGGGACUGCGUCACCAAACGGACGAGGAGGCGUCUUCCUCCUCUGGUGGAUUGAAAGGUUUUCGGCCCUUGCUGACCAAGGUCCUCGAGGACGGCGGGCCCGAGCCGACGGAGAAGAGUCAGGGGAAAUGCUUUACGGAUGCCGAGAUUGCGUACAUGGGCGGCGGGCUCCUCGACGCAGCCGUGGACACUACUUUGGCUUCCAUCCUGAGCUUCAUCAUGUUCAUGGCUCGUUAUCCCGAAGUGCAAGCCCAAGCGUUUGAGGAACUCGAUGGACAAUGCCCGGGCAAGGUACCGUCGGCCGAAGAUCUGGAGAAACUGCCAUCUUCCGUCUCCGCCCCCCGCGCCAACCUCGCUCCCCGCAUCCUCGACCGGGACGACGUCUUCCACGGCUACAAGCUCCCCAAGGGGACAACGAUCCUCGUCAACGUGUGGGGACUGCACCAAAACAGCGACGAGUACGAGGCACCCGACGAAUUUCGCCCGCAGCGGUUCCUCCUGCACCCGCUGGGCGUCAAGCCCGACGCGCUCGCGCCGGACGCGGUCCACGGGCGAAGGGCGAGCUAUACCUUUGGCACGGGACGCAGGGUGUGCCCCGGGGAACAAUUCGCGGAGGCUUCUCUGCUCCUGGCCCUCGCCAAGGUCGUCUGGGCCUAUCGAAUCGUUGCCCCGGGACCGCUUGACACCUCGCUACAAGGGGGUAUGCGACCGGCUUAG